AUGAUCGCCAAAAUCCUUUCCAACGACCCGGAACCCGUCGUCCUCCACGAAGGCCUCGGAACUAUCUUCACGGGCGUCGUUCACCCAGUCUCGACUCUCGAAGCCCCUGUUCAUCAGUAUCUCGGUAUCAAGUACGCUUCAAUACCCGCCCGCUUUCGUCAAUCUACGCUAUGCAAAUUAUACCCUCCCCAAACUGACUGCUCGCACUACGGACCGAUUUGUCCGCAACCAAACUACAAAACCGUCGAGGAAGAGCUCUUCAAUCUGAAGGAGGACUGCCUCCCCGACCAGCGUCUCACGCAUUCCGAGUUCGAGUGCCUCAACCUUAAUAUCACUUGCCCCGCCGAUGCAAAUGCCGACUCCCGCUUGCCUGUGAUGCUUUGGAUACAUGGUGGCGGGAAUCGCGGUUCGGGCUCAAACUGGGUGUACGACGCUGGUCCGCUUGUUCAGAAGGGCAUCCAAUUUGGCAAGCCUGUUGUCGUGGUGUCCAUCAACUUCCGCCUCGGCCUCCUUGGGUUCGCGGCGAGCCCAGCCUUGUUGGCGGACAACCAGGCUGCUGGUGACGAAGGUGUGGGAAACUACGGCCUUCGUGACCAGCGUCGUGCCAUGGAAUGGGUGCAUCGUUUCAUCGGACCUUUCGGCGGCGAUCCCAACAACAUCACGCUGUUCGGCGAGUCUACCGGCGCUGGCGACAUCCUCUGCCACCUGCACUCUGCUGCUAACGAGAAGGCCCCGCUCUUCCAGCGCUCUAUCAUUCAAAGUCUAAUCGUCGACUUGGAUGUCCCCACUGUCCACUCUGCUGGCUGGCAACUCAACAGGACGCUGUCGACCGUUCGCAUCAACUCCCUCGAGGACAUGCGACAAGCCGACCCGGAGAAGCUUGUGGUCCUCGGCGAAAGUGUUCGUGCUAUCAACGACGGAGUCUUCUUCAAGUCCUCUUUCACCGGCUCUCUUGUUCCCGAAGAUUACGCCGCGCCUGCGGAUUCCGAAACGCUUCCGGGACACAACGAGGUCGGCGGGCAGUCACAUCACCUCAAGGUACCCUCAAGUAUCAAGGCCUAUCGGAUGCGUUCGCGUUCACGCCCUCGGCUCCCGCAUCCCUCACAGUAUCACCAGCCCAUCCUCAUUGGCGACUGUGGUGCCGAGUCCCUUCUAUGGUCCCAGCCCGCUUCGCGUUGGGGUGCAACGGGCGCGGUGAAACGCAUUCGCGCGAUCUGCCAGUCGCUCAACAAGGCAAGCACGCUCCUCCGCAUGUACGACAUCAGCGCGGCGACGCCUGCCGACGAGCUCGCGGACCGCAUCCUCGAGCUCAUCAACGACGCACGCUUCGCGUGGCCGACCGAACUCGUUGCCUCAGGCCUUGCGGCCACGCGGGGUGGACAAGGCGUGUGGCGGUACGUCUUCGACCAGGAGGGGCCCUCGCGCGGAGUACCGCACCACGCGGUGGACCUCAUGUAUCUCUUCGACAAUGUCCCCCUCCCGGAACUGCCUACUUCCUCGUACGACCGCAAUUCGGAGUUUCGGGAAGACGGCGGAUACUUCUCGGACGACGACAACUCACUCGACUCAUCGCCCUCAUCGCCUGCGUCUGACUCCUCCGGCUCGGACUGCUCCCCGAAAGCGCCGCGCGACCUCUCCGACCCGCAGACGUACACCUACGACGCGGAAUGGGCGCUGCCGGUCGUCGACGACUGGACAUACGCGCGUGUGCGCGCAGCCAUCCAGGAGCGGUGGCUGGCAUUCGCGUAUGGGGAAGCGCCGUGGCGCGCGGACCGCGUUUUCGUCUUCGGGCCUGAGGGCGAGACCGGCGAGCGCAGCUCGAAGAUCUUCCGCGCCCGUCGGCGCGUCGGUGUCUGGCGCGAAGCCCUGGCACCACUUGGGCUCGCGGUCGUACAGAAGCUCGGGCAGGAGCUGUGCAAUGGGCCUCCUGCGGAAACGAGGACGUCGAGGUGGUGA